AAUUAAAAAAUUUUAAAAAUUAUUGUGUGAAGCAUAAGCGAUAUUACGGAUACGUGAUGUUAUUGAUAUUUGAUUCAACGUAGAAUUUCUUUUCGAUACCAAUAUAAAUAAAGUAUAAAAUAUUGCUUCAUAAUUUAUGAAAAGCAACGAUAAAGAAUAAAAAUAUGUUCCGAAUAUUCUUUAGAAAUUCAUAGAUAUUAUUUAAAAUUUUGUCAUGACAACUUUAUUACGUGCCUUCGACGGUUAUCAAGACUUUUGUUAGCAACUCUUAUCGUACUUGCGACAACCACGCAUAGCAUAAAUAUUAUGAAUGCAAGAAUUUUCGAAUCGUGCGAUGAGUUAAAAUUACAGUGCAUACUAAUCGUGGCCAAAACAUUGUCAAUCUUGUUCGGAUGGAAGUGGCGCCAAGGACAAAUAAAAUUUUUCAAAAUUAGCUCAUUAGAUGUAUUUCUUUCUAAGUAGAACUAUAAAUAAAAAUUAAAAAACAAAAUAAUUAAAUAAGCAAUAAUAACUCUGUGAGUAUAUGAUUGAAUCGGUAAGACGGACAAAGUGAGUGGACUGUAGCGAAGUAAGACCAUAAGGCGUGUAAAUUAGUUACGUCUGUGACAAGAAACGGAAUAAUAACGACUGUGGCCGGAAGAACGAGGAAACGAGAGAAGAAGAAGAAACAGUAGAAGGGAGGGUGUAUUCUUAUUUGCGAAGCAUAUCUACUCAACGUAGGCAACCACUGCGGCGUGAUAGAAGAACAGAGAGGAAGUGACAUAGUCGUAAUACGACAUAGGAUAGAACAGAUGAAGAUUACGAAUAAAGAUAGAGAAAACGUAUGAAAGAAAGAGAAAGAAUAAGAGAAGGAACGAGUUAGAGAAAACGAGAACGAAGGAAGGAAAGAACGAUCUGUUUGGACGAGGGAAGGGAGUAAAGAGAGAGAAGAUUUCUGGGCACGCGCACUCCACCUGCUAGCGUGUAGUGGCACGCGCCAUAUCCACCCCCUCCGCUGCCGUGGACGUUCUGUCCCCCUCCGCCAGCGUCGCUUCCCGCCUCACACCGCAGUCUCUCUUUGGCGUUACCUCCUGGUUCUACCGCGGCCGUCGCCGCCACCGCCACCGCCACCGCCACCGAUUCUUCCCACCUCCCUCUUCCCUCUUGCGACCCCCACCCCUCGUCCGACUACCCGACAUACCCGCUCGAUCUCUCCUCGUUCCGCGGUACCUCUUCUCCUCCCGCGGGAAUCCCCUCCCGUGCUCCCCUCGCGCGUGCCAUGGUUCCGAGACCGGGACGCGCGGGAGUCAAUCGCUCGCGGACUUCGAUAGGACGAGCACCAUAGGUCCUUGCUCUUCCUCCUCUCUUGUACACUUUUCUGUUCGAGCGCGUUCUUCGCGCCUCGUGCUGCGGUCUCGUGUGCUUUUCGUGUUCUUCUGUUAAUUUUGCUUCUUCUGAUCAUUUCUUUUUUUCAUUUCGUUUCUUUUGUUCCUUCUAUUCCUUAAAGAAAAAAAGUUUCUUUUUAAUUGGAUAUUACAAUUGCAAAGUUUUGGAACACAAUAUAAUACUGCCGCUUGUGUAAAUUAUUCAUAGUGGCAUAAGAAAAAAAAAGAGACAAGGACAUAAUAAAAAAAAAUUCAUUCUUGAUGAAACGGCGCGUGGCCGUCGUCGUGAAGCGCGAGUAUUUUCGAGUAGAUAAAAGUCUGGUCAAAGUUCGCAGUGAAUUUUCACGAUCGCUUCAUUACGACGGCGUGAUUGUAACUCAGUGACAGAGGCAAGAAAAAGGCGAGCCGUCUGCGAAGAGCUGCUGGCCGAUGUUUGCGUAUGAAAAAAUCCGGUCGUCCUCUUUCACCUCUUCCUCCUCUUCUUUCCGGCGUUCGUCUGCUGGCAGGGGGGCAACGUUCCGGUCGAUCGGUGCAUUGUAAACAAAAAGAACAAAGGGUCAACGGUGACACUAACGACGACGAAGACGACGACGACGAGGAAGACGAGGAACGAGGACGGCGUGAACGACGGGGAGAAGAAGAACGUGGGAAGGGAAGAAUGUAAGAAGGAGGAAGGAAAGCGAACGAGAAAAAUAAAGAGUGGGGGACUGACGCGUGCUACUACCGUCGUUACUUCCAUCGCAACAAAAAUAGUUCAGUCUUCGCGGUGGAGAAGAGACAGACAGCCAAUGAAACGAGAAGGAAGAUAGUAGCGCCAGAGAAAGAGGAGGAAUAUCGAGUUAUCGUAAUAUAUACAUGUACACGUGUGACUUCGCUGGUUACCAGCGUGAGGAGCUACGUAUUAUACGAGCAGCUGUAGUUAAGUGCAACUUUCGUGUGCUGGUGACGCAUUCGAUAGUACAGACAAGCAAGAGAAGGGUACUUUCGAGAUAAACACGAAACGAGAACGAUCGAGAUUCGUCAUGAGCCAAAAUAAAACGGAGAUAAAUUUGAGGUCUGAAUCGAGUGAAGCGAACGAGACGAAAGAAAGAAAAAAAAAAGAAUUAUUUUGAACGAAUCUGAUUUUCUUCUUUAUAGUGUUAAUAGUGAAAGAGUGCUGCGUAUGCAAUCAGCUGUUCGAAAUUGCAACUUAACAAUUCUCUUUCGCUCGAUCGGUUGUAUUCUGAUGUGAAUUUUUGACACGAUAUUAAUCGAUAUUUAAUCGACUAGAUUCGAUUAUGAUAGACUAUGUUUCUUACAUUCGUAUUUCAAGUCAACGUUCUCGCACGCGCGAACCACCUGUUGACGAUUUACGAGGGAAAAUCGAUGUGGUCUAUUUUGACAUAAUUUUAUUAUCAUACUAUUAUUGAAAAUAAAGUGGGCAGAGUUUGGUUCUCAUUAUUUAUUCAAGAGUUUAUUCGAACUAAUAAUUCGACGAUAUCAUUGUGACAUUACAUAAAAAUCAUUUAACACCCUCCCUUCGUGUCGGUUGAUGUGUUAGUAACUACAAGAACCGAAAGCACGAGCAAAUUGCAGGGAUCGUUGUUACCAUGUGUUCAAUAACAUUUCGCGGGAACAGUGUAGAAUUGGUCGCACGGACGUGUACGAUAUCGGUCGAAGAUCAUUAAUGUGCAAGAAUUCGUGGAAAUUUCAAGAAUAUUGUUAUUGAAAAAAAUCAAAUAUGCGACUAGUGAAACUUUCGUUGACGAUGCCGUGCGCCGAGUGUUUUUCGGAGUGAAUGUUAUCGAAACGUUGUUACUAUACGUCUUAUCUGUCGCUCGCAUCGUCGGAGUGACAGAGAAAAAAGAAAAAAGAGACUCAACAGAGUUCGGAGGUCACGGAACCGUUGGACGAUAUGCGGCACGCAAACUCAUUUCGACGAGCUGAGAAUUUCGGCCCGCGGAUUCAAGCGGCGCGCUCGCGUCGUCCAAACGCCAAUAGCAGCGUAAAACAGUGGUGAUAUGCUGGUCGAGGGACACGGGAGCGUCGAUUCUAUUCCCGGCGUCUUUUUCUUGCCGGUUGCAUGACGUUCGACUGGCGGCGAGAACAGAGUAUUAUACACCGUACGCGGCGAAGUUCUCGAGUGCACGCGAACGCUAACCUCGGCUUCUAGUGUGAUAACUAGUCAAAGUGAUCGGAAGGGCAUUAAGUUUAUUAUACGGGCAUCGGAUUGGUUAUAUUGUGUAUAAUAAAAAUAACAUAGUAAAAAAAGAGAGGCUUCAUUAUAAAGUGUUUAAGUUGUACAGUAGAAGAAAAAAUCAAGGAUAUAUCGUGCAUGUAUAUCCUUUUUAUAAAAACGAUUAAUAACGAGAUAAUGAUAACGACGAUUGGACCAUUGUCACUUGACUAGAAAUCCGUGUUGCGAUGAUUGAAUCCCAUCAUUGCGAAAAAACUAUUACAAAUAAAUUGUAAUUUUUCUUGUUAUUUAUUGUGUAUGCAUCGUUAUGACACUUGGAUCUUCGAUUUAAUUACAUACGAAAGAAAGUUAUCAUCGGUAGUGGCGUAUUGGUGGUGGUUCGAGGAUCUCUGGAAAAGCACGGAAGACACGACGAAAGCGAAAGUACGACGAUUGCGUUGGCGCGUUCCAGAAAAUGAUCUUUAAAUUUUGCUGAGAAUUUUACAUGACUCGAUUGGAGAAAAGAAACAUGGAUCUGUAACAGCGAUCUGUCAAAACGUAUUAUCGUCGUAUAAAAGAAAAUAUUCGCAGAUUAACAGUGUACUAGUGCAGAUAUUCUAGUAACGAGAAGAAGCCAUCGGAGGAGGGGCAUGGUGGGACCCCACCAACCAGGGCCACAGGCCCGGGUGGCCCCCCUGUAACGAGGAAAUCUCUCGCUAUCGUGCCGCUCGUGCUCCAUUACAUUGCCUGGAAUGAUGCAGCAAAAAUUCGUGAAGAGGACGGCCGAGGAGUUGGAGCCAGCCGGCGGUGGUAGCGGAGACGGUGGCUUCGGCGAGCCCCCCGUGAAGCUGCAAUGCACGCAGGCACAGCAUCAGCACCAGCAGGGGCCGGGGGCCGGCGGCGGGGGCGGACCCCACCACGGGCACGGCCAGCACCCGGCCGGGAACGGAGCGAGCACGACCGGGCCCGCGCACGGCGCGGGCGGGGGCGGUGGGAACGGCGCCGGUAACGAGGGAUUGACCAAGUUCUCGGUGGAGAUAGUGCAACAACUCGAGUUCACCACCUCGGCGGCCAACUCGCAGGCCCAACAGAUCUCCACCAACGUGACAGUGAAGGCGCUCACCAACGCCUCGGUGAAGAGCGACCUGUUGAACGCGUCCUCGUCCCCGAAGUCGGGGCCCGACACCGGCCCCGCCUCGGCCGGCUCGAGGCCAGGCCCGCCGGGCAACCCGGGCGGCGGGAACGGGCCCGGGCCGGGCGGCGCUGGGCCAGGCGGUGGGCCCGCCGCCCCCGGGGGGAUCGGCUGCGUGGACAUAGGGAACCUGGUCGAGUGCAAGCAGGAGCCCGACAACGAGUUCGUCGAUCUGGAGCAGUGCGCCGCCGCCCUGGAGAAGGACGCAGCGGCGAACGGGGCCGGUUUCCCGGGCUUCUCCGACUUCAUGGGGGACGACACCGGCGACGAGAUCAUCACCUCGGACGCGUUCAAGGAUCUCAUCUCCGAGAUAUCCGACCUGCACCCCGAGUUCAUGAAGGAUUUCGACUUCGAGGAGAAGAUCCCCGUCGAGGCGUUGGCGGCGAGCAACGCGGCCGUGGCGGCGGCCGCGGCCGCCGCCGCCGCUGUCGCCAACACGAACGCCAACAGCGGCGGGGCCGGCGCCAACAACGGGAUAGGGACGAACAACGGCCAGAUCAAGAUCGAGGACGACAAGGACGGGAUACACCAGCAGCAGCAACCUCAGCAGCAACCUCAGCAGCAACCUCAGCAACAACCUCAGCAACACGGGGGCGUGAACAACGGGAACGGCGUGGUGAACAACGGCCAGACGGGCGCCGCGAACAACGGGACGGCCAACGUCCCCGCCAAUUCCAGCCCGGGCGCCCUCGCCUCCGCCCAAUACUCCCCCGCCAGGCUGCCCUACUCCGGCCUCGACUUCAAGUCGGAGAUGAGCCCCGCCGCUCAAACGUUGAAGCAGAUGGCCGAGCAACAUCAGCACAAGAGCCAGCAGUUGGGCCUGGGCGGCUUCAAUCCGGGGGCGGCGGCCGCCGCCGCCGCGGCCAGAGGGCCCACCGCCCGUUCCCCUUACGCCGAGUUCCCCCAGUUCGGCGGCACUUCAGACUACCUGGGCAGCCCCGGGAGCGGCGCCGGCCCCGGGCCGGGCGGACAGGGCCAGGGGGCCGCCGGGACGGGGUCGUAUCACAAGAACAACGGGACGGCCGGGUUCCAGGGGCAGCAGGCGAACGACAUGUUCGUAGGAUCUCAAACGCAGUUCGCCGCCGGCCUGGCGGACAUGAAGAGACCGCAGCCGAGCAGCGGUGGGAAGCCGAGCAUGCUCGGGCCGAGCGCCGGUUACAAGCAGCAGUAUUCGCCGUACGGUAGCCCGGGAUCGAUGCCGAAUCACGGCAGCCCUGGUUAUCCGCUUCCGCCUAGGGGAUCCCAGGGCGGCGGACCCAAUCAGACCGGAUCCCAGGGAUCCUUCACCAGCUCCACGCCGCCGAGGCCUCCCUCGGGACCCGGCACAUCCACUUUGCAAAUCAACCAGGCGCAGCAGUUACAUAUUAACAAUCCCGGCCAUCAGAUUCAGGUGUCCGCGGGUCAGCACAUGCAGCUAACAGGCGACCUGAAGCCGGGGGUGUCGGUGGCGGCCCAGCAAGGCAUGUACUUCAGCCAGCAGCAAACGCAAAAUCAAUCGGCCGGUCAAACGGACACCUACUGCUCGGUGUCGCAGUCCCAGACCAUCAACUUCACUCAGCAGAGCCUGAGACAGAGGGCCGCGGCCGCCGCGGCGGGCGGCGUCCCCCAACCUGCCGGCGCUGCGCCGGCACGCACCCAUCCCCAGCAAGUGCAGCCGAAUCAGGUGGAUCAACAUCAGCACGCGAAAAUUCUUCAACAGCAGCAGCUGAUGCGCGCCCAACAGGUGAUGCAACAACAACAACACAUGGCCGGAGGAAUGGGUGGCGUGAGACCGCCACCACCCGAAUACAAAGCGGCUCAGGCCCAAAUGAUGCACGCUGGUAUCGGUAUGGCUCAACAAGCUAGGUUUCCCAAUACCGGGCCUAUGCGCAGGGUUACGCAACAACCUAUGCCACCUUCAGGUCCGAUGAUGAGGCCGCAAAUGGCGCAGCAACAACAACAGGCAUUGCACGCUGCCGGUGGCAAUAUGUACAUGGGCGGUGGUAGUAUGGCCGCGAUUGGCGGCAUGCAUCAAAUGCAUCAGCGUCUUGGAUAUCCUAGGACCAACAAUCAACGGCCGCCUAACGUCAGCGUUGGCCCGCCCGAUGGCCUUGGGAAUAGCAUCGCUGGCCGUGGCGCGCAGCAGGAGUGGCGACACGUUCUCAUGCAGCAGCAGGGCUUUCAGGCGCAAAUGCGAUCGCAAUUUAAUCAGCAAGGUCACCAAGGUGGAUUCGGUAUGGGUGGCACGGGUGGCAUGCAGAUGAACGCCGCACAAAUGCAGCAUCAACAGUUGAUUCGCUCACAGAGUGGAGGUAUCGCCGGCUCCGGUAUGGCCAACAGCACUCAGAUGCAGCAGCUACUGUCGCAGCAACACCAGCAGCAGACAUUAGCCAUGCAGCAGAGUAAUAAUCAGAUGUCACUGCAGAUGCAAAUGUCGCAGUCCUCAUCAGUCAACUCUGUCAGCAGUACUGGAACUGGUUCCCCUCUACACCCGCAUCAACAAUACGGCGCUGGCAGUCCAGGAGUGCGCAGUUUGCCACAACAGCAACAGCAGCAUGCGCAACCGCCAGUCACUACUACCACGGAUCCAUCCGUAACCGCGGCGGACUUUAGCCUCGAAUUUCUAGAGAAUCUUCCGACCGGAGACACGUCGAACUUCAGCGCUCAGGAACUGCUGAAUUCCCUUGACUCCACGGGGGGCUUCAACCUCGAUAUUCUGUAAGACCACGCCUAUCGCGGUCUAUUCGGAAAAUCGGAUUUUUAUUCACUCAAAGACCGGUUUAAAACGUAAAAAAGAAAAAAAGAAAAAAAAAGUGAAAAUGAAAUAAUAACGAUAAUUCGUUCACGCUUUAGGAUCGAUCACCCCUUUGAAAACAGAUACAACGUCCAUAAACAGACUCGCUUAUCGUAUCAGUGCAGCUAUAAUCUUCGUCGCGUGCUGUGCCGAUGAUUCGAUUAACAGUUCCUCGAGAUCGAUGAAUAACGAUGGGACGUAAUCGUCGCGUUGAAAGGAAGAAAAAAAUAAAUAAUAGUAAAGGUUAGCCGAUUCGUGGAAUCUGAUCGUGUCAUUUCUUACUUUCUAUAGUAAGAAAGGAAUUAUAAGAGCGCGGUGAAUGGACUAUAAAUUAGUCGAAAGUAAAACAAAUGAAGUGAAGGGGCAACGAGAAUAAGAUUAUUGAUUUCCGUGUUGUGACGAGCACUCGAACCGCGACGAUCACGUUUCCCUGAAACGCGCGUCCUAACGAUCCGUUCAUCGAUUGACUAUAACUUCAAACGCACGGGGUGAUUUGAUCUAGUCGAAUCGGAAAAAAUGUCAAUCUCGUGUAUGAUAAAGGUGUAUAUGAUACUAUACAUAUGUAUACUAAAUUUCUUCGGUUGUUCGGCUUAUAGAUGCUAAAGGAUGAGCGAGUUUAAAAAUUCGUCCGUCAGAUGGCAUCCGAUUCGACGUCGCGUGCAUGGAAACCGGUCAUAGUGUAUUUUCGGCAGCUAACCUUCCGGCUGGCGAUUAUUCUUCUAGGCAAUCACUUUUAGUAAAAUUUUAUUUCUUAAAUAAUAACGCGAAGAAGCAACAGAGACAAGAGGUAAAUAGAGCAAGAUAAAACCAGUGGACGGUCGACAGCGUGGGAAAUCAAGAGGGAUCCGUAAUAUUCGUUUCGUUGCUCCGCGAACGUUUCAUAUUAUAAUAAUAUACAAUAAUACAUAACACAUUUAGUCGCCGUGUAUUCGAUCAUUCGUAUAUUUUUAUUUCGUUCCUCACCGUAUUUUCUUUUAGUUAAAACGGUCGUUCCAGAAUGAGGAUCGAUCGAUCUUUCUCGAGUGCACGCGUCGACGACGCUACACGAUGACUUCGACGCGCACUCCACGCGAAACGACCAAUGAUAAAAUAAAAUUUUUUUCUCUUGAUUUUUCAUGUAACGAUUCGCGAUUCGAGAAUUAUCAACAGUUAAACAGACAAAAGAAAUCACUCUGUUAAUCGUCUAUUCAUGAUCGAUCAUUUUGUAAUUUUUAGUUACACAAUAACCAGUAAUUAGUUCCAUUCUUUGGAUUAACGAUUGAAAAGACUUUUGGCCGCUGGUUUUCUCGAGCAAAUCAGCAUUCGACCGUCGCUGAAUUUCAAUUUACGGUUAAUUACAUUAUUACGGUAAUGAUAAUUGCUAGAACUAGUAGCGUAUUUAAACGAAUGAUACCGCGAAUGAUGUCGCGUAUUCUACAAUUAACAGAAAGUCAAUUAUGAGAUAUAUUAUUCGAUUUCACGAUGAAUUCAUCGUUGCCUGCGACGACGGGCUAAUGUUUCGGUCCGAUCGAUCGGUCCACGUCUCGCAGGGUUCGCAUCGCGUUUGAUAAUGAGAAGAAAAAGAGACGGAGCGAGUUAGAAUGGAAGAGAAAGAGAGAAUGAAGAAAUCUUUCCUAAGAACGCAGUGUUAGUGUUGCUACAGAAUAAAUUACAAUCUUGACUGUACAUAAAACAUAUACAGCUACGUAAACGCAACAUAUACACAUACACACAUACACAGAUACAUGUAAGAGUUAGAAGAAAAUACAGGACGAUAAGUUCGCAAACUUUAGCCGAUUAAAAUAUAAGAGCCCUACGAUAUAGGUGAAUAUAUUAUAUAUUACAUAUAUUAUAUAUGUAUAUAUAAUAUAUGAAUAUAAACAAAUAUAAUGAGAUAAUAGUAAUUGAUGAUGAUGGUAUGUGAGUUAAGAGCGAAUGAGGGGGAGAGAAAGAAAGAAAAAUAAAAAGUUAGAAAAAGAUAGAAAGUUUGAUGAAACGAAAGAAAGGUGAAUAUUAGUGAAAUGAAAAAGUGAGACGAAUGAAUCGAAGAGGAAGAAUGAGAUGUCAUGUGAAUAUAGUGUAUAUGUGUUCGCGCGGCGAUAAAGCACAUUUCCUCAAUUCGAGCAUAUUUAUUGAGUUUUAGUUCCACAGAAUGUGCUGUGUCGCCGAAUUCAAGUUGCACAUGAAAUAAUCACGGUCAGCUACGACCACCACCGUUCUUGGUACGAUGAACCGAAUGCUCUCUUCGCGAAUUUCCCGUUCCUUUUCGGCUCACGUCUCUGCAUACGCGGAGAAGUUAUUACAAGACAACAUUAAUAUUUAUUGUUCAAUAUAAUUUUAUUAUUUUUAAGUCGGAAUUCUUACGAAAAAAUAUCGAGAAAAUAAUUUAUGAGAUACAUUGAGCUACAGUUCAUCGUGAUCAGAUGGCGGGGAUUCGUGACUAAUCUUCCAAAUAGUGAUACAUUCCAUAGAUAAAGGAAAUUGAAUAGAAGUUCACAGUUCGUCUAAUCAAAACUAUUGUUUCUAAAAAAAAAAAAGAGAGGUCGAAAUAAGAUAAAAACGAAAUUAACGAGGAAACAUCGAGAUAAGAUAGACGCGCGAGAAUUCAAGAACACCGAGUGAAAAAAUAUAAUGAACACACCCGGUAGAAACUAAAAAAAAAAAAAAAAAUAGUAAUGAAAGGAAAGUAAAAAUAAUGAAAAGUAAAAUAAUCCUCGACCGUUCGCCAAGAAAUGCGCACGAAUACCUUCCGAUCGGAGUUUCGCUCGUUACUCAUAGUUAUACUCGACGCUCCAAAAGAGAUCAUAUUUCCGAUCUUGAGUGUACCAUAUGUCGAGUGUUCCACAUGUCACGAAAAUUAGCAACAAAAAUAAAAUAUGAGUCGUUUUUUUAAAGUAUGUAAAGUAAAGAAGUAAAAAAAAAAAAAAAUAUAAAUAAAAAUAAAAAAAAAUAAAUAAAAAAAAUAAAAAAAAUAAAAAAAGAAAGAAGAGAAAUUCCUUAAAUCGAUCGGAAUGAUGUUAUUAUUGUCUUGUAAAAUAUUGGGGCCACGAAACAUAAUCUAAAGAAUGAAAAAACGACAUAAAAAAAUAAAAAAAGGGAAGAAAGAAUAAUAAUUUAAAAAAAGAGGGAAUGAAGAAGACAGAUGCUCUGAUCGUAUUACGUUGAUUUAACAAGAACGUAUAAUGUAAAUCGAGAGAAUCAAGUACGGUGAUGAGAUGAUGAGAUAUCAAUCGCUACAGUGAUUGUUCUGUUUUCUUUGUUUUUUUUUUUAAAUUCUUAAUAGAAUUAUAAUAUACAUACAUAUGUUUACAUAUGUUUUUUUAUGAACGAACGAAAGUGAAAGAGAAAAAGAUUGCAAGAAAGGAAGUGUGAGCGAAAUUAAGAAAUUGAAAUAAAAUCAAGCACGAAAAACAGAAACGAGAUAAUUUGUUGUGAGAGAGAGAGAGAGAAAGAGAAUGAGAGAAUGAAAGAACGAGAGAGAAUGAGAGUGAAUGAGAGAGAGAAAAAGAGAGCAUUAGGGACCAACCAAAAAGAGAGAAAAAAAAUGGCGUGCAAUGGUGUCGAUUGUCGCGGUGGAUCGUUUUUCUUUUUUAUAUGCACAUUAAAACAAGAAAAAGAACAAUGGAGAAAGUGAGACAUCAGUGCCUCGACUUAUUUCGCGACCGAAUACCGAACUAAUAAUUUAACCUAUAUCAUUCUUACGGGAACAUCAUGCGAUAUGUAUAAAACAUAUCGUUUUCGAUUUUCGCGAACACUCGAUCUUCCAUGUUUAAAAAAAAAAAAAAGAGAAAUGGGUAUAAAAAUUGAAAAAUAAAUAACAAUCAUGCUGUUUAUUUCUUGCACUGUCGAUAGUUAAUGAUGGUUAAACGAUAUUCAGCCGAAAAAGAUAUAAAAAAAAAAAGGCUCUCGUGUAAAUCACUUUAUCGAGAAGUCUCGUGCUGGAUAAAUAUAUCUAAUUAUUUAUAAUAUUUAUAACUUUAUAUGAUAUACGGGCAUUUCGCAUAGAAUAAAUUUCAUGUUGAAUUUCGAACUGUUAUUAAUAAAAAGCGUUGAGUUCCUACAAUGGUUUCUUUACUUCGCUUCUGGAUAAUUAUUGUCUCAUAUCACAAAUUGAAAGUUUCCAAUUCGAUUUUCCAUUUUCCAUACAAUAAAAAACCAAAGAGAAAUAAAGAGAAAAAUUGAUCGUGCAAUUCAAUGAAAUUAUGUUUUCAUUCAAGUGAAUGAUAAACAACACAUAUAGAACACACUAUAAACGUCGAAUCGGCCACGUUGCUGUUUGUCGAAUCUCGUAAUUUCGCUAAUUGUCGACUCGCAUUAAACCCGCAACAAAUCAGACUGUUCAAUGCGUUUCAACGUCGAUUAUUUACACGACAAAACUAAUCGAAACAUAAUUCCGCACAGAACAAUUGCUAGAAAGGGAUAGAGAAUAGAGGACCAACCAGUCUCAUUGAUUUAUCCAUGAUGGUAUCUUCCAUUCACUUUCAAAUAUUUUCUAAUGUUUAUACAUUUCUCAUAUUAAACUAUUUUCACAGCUAUUCCUUUUAAUUAAAUUUAAUUUUCGAAAUGCAUUUUUAUCGAUUCUUUUUGCAAAAUCAAAGGCAAAUAGAUCUCUGUUUGAGAAUGUUGGUGGCAAUCGUGUAGAAUUUACAGUAGCGCCCAUCAAUUAACACGGCGAAAAAGAGAAAGAAAAGCGAAAAGAGCGAACUCUAGGCGGUCAAAUGAUGGCGCAUGCAAAGUGUAUCCACAUUGCUCGCGCGAUAAUCGUAAUGAAACUUUGUUCGUUAUCGAUUCUUUCGAAACUGUUGUUGCUAAGCGGAUUCGCGCUUUAUGCUAAUUUUUGUUCUUCAUCGAAUGUUUCUAUUAAUCGAUACAUAGUAUUAGGCUUCAUGCGAAGAAAUCUCUUGAUGUUUUCUCGUGAAUCAACUAGUUAAUGCGAAAAUUUGUUACACAAUCGCAGAAAGAUAGCAUCUGCGCUACGAUGUUCCAACACUAGGUCGAACAGUGGUGGUCUAACGUAUAUAGUCGCGACGGACGCGCGCGCGGAAAGGGGAGGAGGAUCAAUAUCAUGGUUAGGGAGAGACCAGACUGAAAAUAGGAGCGAGUGUAAAAGCAGCGAUGAGGGAUAAGGAUUACAAGAAGAGAGGGAGAAGAAAAAAGGAGAGAAGCCAACCCGAAAAUGUCAAUUCGUCGGCCUUGAUUCUUCGUGAAAUUAUAAUUGUGACAAGGAUGGCUCGUGGCCGAUUUAUAUAGGCUCUUAUUGUUUUACUGGAAAAUUUUAGUGCGUAGAGCAAAUGUUUAUGAUGAUGAAGAAAUAUUUUUAUGAAUAUUAUUUUAAAUUGAAUUUUAGAUUAAAAAAGGUCAUAAAUGUGAAAAUUCACAAUUUCUUUUUAAAUCGUAUUUUUUCAUUGAUCGAUUUAAACUUUUCAUAGAAUUACGAUUAUAUAGAUCGCAUUUAUAUAUAAUCUUGAUUUUUCAAUAUUAUUGAAAUAUUUUGUUAAUUCGAAAUUUUAUAACUUAUAUGUUUUAUAUUUCUUUAUAUAAUUUUCUUGA